UCACCUGAAACAAACCAGGAAACAUUUUGUUCUCCUUACUCACUACAGAGAGAUGCAGACUGAAAAGCAGACGUUUACAUUCACCUUCAGACCAAGCUAACAACUUCCUCUAAGUUCAGUUACAGGAGAGAAAAGUAGAAAACUGCUGCUUCAACCUGCCAUUUCAACACUGGAAAAAUGAAGAUCGCAGCCUUCAAUGUCCAGAAACUGGGACUGGACAAACUCAAUAAUCAUGUUGUGCGGACAAAUCUUAUCAAGAUUGUGUCUCGGUACAGCGUGGUGGUGUUGCUGGAGGUGAUGGGUCAGGGUGGCAAGGUCAUGUACGAGUUCCUCACAGAACUUAACAACGAUAGAAAGAACAGACAUCAACCAUUCAAAAUGAAGUGCAGUAGAUCUCUGGGACGAAGAUCCUACAAGGAGAAGUUUGUCUUCUUCUACAGAAAGGAUGAGUUGAAGGUGAUCAAGUGCUACCAGUAUAAAGAAGGAAAAAAAGACGUGCUCGCCAGAGAGCCUUUCAUUCUGUGGUUCAAGAGUCCAAAUACAGUUGUAAAGGACUUUGUGCUGAUCCCAGUCCACACCAAACCAAAGGAUGCGGAAAAAGAGCUGGACGCUCUGGAUGAUGUGGUCAAGAUGUGAGGCAAAAUGGCGCACUGAU